AUGAAUAUCCUUUUGUAUCUCCUCGCUUUAUCAUCUCUUAGUCAAUGUUUAGCUGAACUAUAUUUAAAUGAACUAACUGCUUCUAAUCAACAUGUAGCGGCUGAUGCACUACCGCCUCACACAAGAACUAAAAGAUAUGUCGUACGAAAGAAAAAGUGGAAUAAAAACUUGCUUACCUGGAAGCUAGACCCUAUAAACAUAGGGGAGGCAGAUACUUACAUCGUGAGAAAUACUCUGCAUCGAGCUUUCAAUGAAUGGCAGGGGGUUUCCUCUGUGACGUUCGCAGAGAAGACGGAAGGAAAGACAGAUCUGACCGUCAGCUUCCAGAAGAAUAAGCAUGAUGAUCCCUAUCCUUUCGAUGGAAGAGACGGAGUUGUUGCUCAUGCUUUCUAUCCCAGAGAUGGACGUCUUCACUUCGAUGCUGAUGAAGAUUGGACAUUGAACUCAGAUAGCGGAGUGAACUUAUUCCAGACAGCAGUACAUGAAAUCGGUCAUCUGCUAGGAUUGGAGCACUCUACCGAUCCGCGAGCAGUGAUGUACGCUAGCAAAAAACCCUUCACUGCAGAGUUUUCGUUGAGCGAUGACGAUGUUCGUGCGAUACGAAAACUGUUUCCUGUGAAAGGAGAAAGUAGUGAAGUAGAUUCUAAAAGCGACAACGUACUCUACCCAGUUGUAGUUGAGAACUUGGAGAAAAAAAGUUCGACAGCGAAAGCUGAGAUAAAAGGAACAGUCGCUGAAACCGCAAUUUACAGUCCUUCGUUCGAUGACAGCAUGCUUUUCCCUUUCACAUUCGGCACACUGGAUACUAAUCCAAAUGACCGAAAGUUUGUAAUUUAG